AUGUCCCCAACCACCGACAUCAAACGCGACGCCUCCUCCUCCUCUACCCGCCGCCCCUCCACCAACUCCCACAAUGACUCCACAAUGGACGAAUACACCCGCCUCGUACACUUCACGUCAACCUACCGCGAAAAAGACGCCAACAGCCCAAAUCCGGCGAGAUCUGCGAGAUCCGUAUCUGGUACGGCUCGUGGAAAAACGUCGGUUGCGAUGGACGCAUGUCGGCUGUUUCCUUCGGACUGGCGACUCACGGGUAUUCAUCAUGGGUUGUCGGAAUCGGAUUUGACUUUAGAAAAGGAGAAUCCGGUGGCUAGUCUGUUGUCGUGCCGAUUUUUUAUGGAGUUUGCGAUUCAUUUGGCUGCUGGGUCCAAGGAUUGGAUUGGUAUCGGGGUUAUUACUGGUAUACUGUGUUUGAAUGCUGCGGUUGGGUGGUAUCAGGAGACACAGGCGGAGGAUGUGGUUGCCAGUUUGAAGGCAGGUAUUGCCAUGCGCAGUACUGUGGUGAGGGUGAGGGAGUUGGUUCCGGGUGAUGCUGUGAGGCAAACUGUUCCGGCUGUUGCAAAGUAUCAGAACCUGCAGGACGAAGGGAAAUUGGACGACAAGUCGGAUGAAAAGUCCAAUGAUGAGGGCAGUUCAGAUGACGACGACGACGAUGAUAAAGGGUAUCCAAUCCUGGCCUGUGAUCACUCGGCCAUCACGGGCGAGUCUCUUGCUGUGCAUCGAUUCGUUGGUGAUCAAGUCUUUUACACUACCGGAUGCAAACGUGGAAAUGUUCUUGCCGCGGUCCAAGCUACAGGCAAACGGGCCUUUGUGGGAUGCACAGCAUUGAUGGUACAGAAUGCAAAAGACACCGGUCACUUCCAGAUGGUUAUGGACAGUAUUGGAACUGUACUGUUGGUGAUUGUCAUGGCAUGGCUGCUGGCUGUCUGGAUUGGCGGCUUCUUCCAAAACACCCUGAUUGCUUUGCCUGGUAAACAGACCCUUCUCUUCUACACAUUGUCCAUUCUGAUCGUUGGAGUCCCUGUCGGACUGCCUGUUGUCACAACCACCACUCUGGCAGUUGGUGCUGCGUACCUUGCGAACAAGAAAGCCAUUGUUCAGAAAUUGACUGCCAUUGAGUUGCUUGCUGGUGUCGACAUUCUGUGCUCCGACAAAACCGGAACACUAACCGCCAACCGACUCAGUAUCUGCGAGCCCUUUGUGGCCGAAGGUGUUGAUGUGAACUGGAUGUUUGCCGUGGCUGCUCUCGCGUCAUCCCACAAUGUCCGUUUUCCCGAUCCUAUUGACAAAGUGACCGUCCUGUCAAUCCUGCAGCAGGGAUGGAAAACAGAAAACUUUACUCUGUUUGACACGGUUUUAAAAUGGAUUGUGGCCAAUGAAGGCGAAUAUUGGAAUUUACUAGGUAUGUUAUCUAUGUUUGAUCCCUUGCGUGAUGAUACAGCGCAGACUAUUGCCGAAGCACAAAAACUUGGUAUCAAAGUUAAGAUGCUUACCGGUGAUGCCAUCGCGGUUGCUAAAGAAACAUGUAAAAUGCUAGCCCUGGGUAUAACGGUCUACAAUUCAGAGAAAUUGAUCAGCGGUGGACUCAGUGGCGCUAUGGCUGGAGAAUUGGUAGAAAAAGCAGACGGCUUUGCUGAAGUGUUCCCCGAACAUAAAUACCAGGCUGACUGCGGAAUUGCAGUUGAGGGCGCCUCUGAAGCUGCACAAUCCGUAUCAGACAUUGUCUUUCUUGAGCCAGGCCUAUACACCAUUAUCGACAUAAUCGAGGUCGCCCGCCAAAUCUUCCACCGUAUGAAAGCCUACAUCCAAUACCGUAUCGCCCUCUGCCUAUAUCUUGAAAUCUACCUCGUCACUACAAUGAUAAUCCUCAACGAAAGUAUCUGUACUGAUCUGGUUGUCUUCCUCGCACUCUUCGCCGACGUCGCCAGCGUGGCCGUUGCCUAUGAUCAUACCUUCCACGAACUCCGCCCCAACUGGCUUAUCUUUGUCAUGAGAGGAAGUUCUACCUGGCCUUCCCUCCCUCUUGUGGCUGCUAUAUUUGGUGUUGAUGUCCUAGCAACAAUCUUCUGUCUGUUCGGAUGGUUCUCGAAUCGAGAUAUGAUUACUGAUCUAUACGAUCAGUAUAUCAGUAAAGAGAUGAGUAACGGGUGGACGGAUAUCGUCACGGUGGUCAGACUUUGGGGGUAUUGUAUUGGAGUCGAGAUCGUGAUUGCCUUGGUGUAUUAUGGAAACGGGAUAGGGGAUGAGGCUGUGCGGAGGGUGUUGGGACAUUUGGCGAAUUUGUCGUUGGAGUUUGAGAGUAAUGGCGAGGGCAAUGGGACGGUGUGGUUGGCGUCUAGGGGGAAGGGGGAGGACGAUGAGGUGGUGGAGUGA